AUGCCUCGGGGCCUAAAUGCUACUAAUCUCGUUCUCAUUUCGAAGAAGUCUCCUUCUGUUAUGGGUGACUUGAGGCCUAUUGCUCUUUGUAAUGUAUCGUAUAAAAUCAUUUCGAAAGUCAUGGCUAAUCGGCUCAAAAAUCGAAGGUCAUCUCGGAGUUUCAGAGUGCGUUUAUUCCUGAUGGGUUUUACAGAGGCUUGGGUUGAUAUGAUCAUGGAAUGUCUUCGAACUAUUUCAUAUAACAUUGUUCAUGGUGGAGAAAGUUUGGGUCCUAUUGUCCCAUCUCGAGGAAACCGUCAGGGAGAUCCGCUGUCGACGUAUCUGUUUAUUAUUUGUGUGGAAGGUCUGUCUGCUCUUAUUCGGUUGCAAUCAGGGAAGAGGCUCAGCAUGUCCAGGAGUAGCUUAAUACUUUUGAAAGGGCAUCGGGCUAGAAGGACUCGUGAAUCUAUUUUGUCUACUCUUCAUAUGAGGGCAGCGGAUUACCAUAGUUUUUAUCUUGGGCUGCCUAGUAUGGUGGGAAGAAAUAAGAGUGUUACCUUCGACUUUGUAAAAGAGAAGGUGAGAAAGAGAAUUCACAAUUGGGAUAGUAAGCUUCUGUCUAGAGUAGGUAAGGAAGUGCUUAUGAAAUUGGUUAUCCAAUCGUUACUGACAUGUGCUAUGAGUGUUUAUUUUGAUCCCGUUGGAAAUUUGCGAAGAUGUGGAUCGACUUAUGGGGUCAAUAAUUUAUUAAAAGUUGAUUCUCUUGAAUGGGAUGAGGAAGUUCUUCAGGAUUUAUUUGUUCAAAGGGAUGUUGAUUUAAUUCAUCGUAUUCCUUUGUCCCCUUUUUCGGUUGAGGAUACUUGGUUUUGGAUGUUUAAGACUUAUGGGGAUUAUUCUGUCAAAAGUGCUUAUCGCGCCUUGUAG